CUUACAAUAAUAUAGAAAAUUUAUCACAAACAAUAAGACAAACAUGCACGACACGUUACCACACGUAGCUUGACUGGACGGACUAGGCAGUGGACAGGCCAGGGCCAUGCUGCUCCUCACCUAAAACAAAACACAGUACUAUCUCUCCCUGCCGAGGCAAAGCAUAAGGACUGGCUUCAUUCCAGUCAUUCCAAGAAAGGCACCUAAUAAAAGUGUGAGAGGACAGGAACACCCAGCACAUUACUGACUCCUUCAGAGGCUGCAAAGAUUUAGCUGUGUGACAGCCCACCUGAACACGACCUUAUUUGGAGUCCAGCAUCAUGGUCUCAGUGUUCCUGCUUGUGCUACUUUCUGUGGGAGCCCUCUCUAUUUCUGUAGCCCAGGCACAACUUCCUGAGGACUGUGAGGAUGUCUACAAAAGUGGCUCCCCACACAAUGGGGUGUACACUAUCUAUCCUCCAGAGUACAACGAACCUGUCCAGGUGUACUGUUCAAUGGACUGUGAGGAUGAUGAGGACAGGGGAGGAUGGACUGUGAUUCAGAGGAGAAAGGAUGGCACUUUGAACUUCCACAGACCCUGGGAUCAGUACAAGAGUGGCUUUGGAAAUAUUUCUGGAGAAUACUGGCUGGGACUGGAUAACAUCGUUGCCAUGACUUCGCUAAAGAAGUACAGGUUGAGGGUGGAAAUGAAAGAUUUUGAGGGAGCAAAGGUCUACGCUGAGUACUCCACUUUCUCUAUUGAUCCUGAGUCUGAUGACUACACGCUGCACAUUGGCAACUACAUCAGUGGAGGUGCAGGUGACUCUCUCAAGUAUUCCAAUGGGGUGACAUUUUCCACCUUUGACCAUGGAAGUUAUUCUUAUACUGCUGAUAGAUAUCAUGGAGGAUUCUGGUUCACCAAAACUGUUUAUGCAAACCCCAAUGGCUUGUACAAAUGGGGUCGGCAUUUAGAAGCACGUACAGGUAUCUUGUGGAUCGGCUGGAAGGGUUACUAUUACUCUUUGAAAGCCAUCUCCAUGAAGAUCAGACCUUUGUCUCUGGAAUAUGUAAAGAGCUAGGAAGGGCAACUACAAAUCAACUUCCUUUUUGAGCCACACCCUCUCUAUGAUCAUUACACAACCAUUCUCUGUCCUUCUUCUGUAGUUGUGCAGCUUUGGAUGAACAGAUUGAACAGCUUAUUGGAUCUUUUUAUAUUAUAAUUACCAAAAAAUUAAAUGCAUACUUAUUGAGGCUUUUAUGACUUCCUGUUUUGUCCCCCCCCCCCCCCAACCUGUCCCUCACUAUGUGUCUGGCAGAAAGAGUCAUGCAUUGAAUGCUUGUUGGGGUUAAUUUUGGAUAUAAAAUGCCAGAUCAUCAUGAUUUUAUGACUAUUCUAAAAUUAAGCUUCCCAAAGGCCACUCUGCUUUCAUGUAUUUGUAAUAACCUGCUUUCAAAUAAACACUGUCCUGUUCAUUGACACCCUG